AGCGGAUCCACGGGCGAGGAGCGACGGUUUUGUUCAAGGACUCAGCAGUGGAAGGGAAGGCACCGUGUCUGUCUUCACACCGCCGACUGAUAGAUUCCCUCUUAUUAAAUCUCGCUGGUAAAUGUAGACGACUUAAAACUUCAGGCUUGUUUGGCGCACGAACUGCGGCGAACGUCGGUCCUUCAGAAAUCGAAAAACGGCGUGUCGAUGUUGUUGUGGACUUUUCUGGCCACAAGCUUCAGAAUCUUGAAAGUUGCAAUCUGAUUGGCUCUUCUGUGUUCUCUCUCUCUCUCUCUGCACCUAUCUGUCUGUCUUUGUCUUCUGUCUGUCUCUCUCUGUCCAUCUCUCUCCUUCUAACCCUCUCUCCAUCGUAUACUCUUUCUGUCUUACGAUAAUUCUUUGUCUCUCUUUCUCUGUGUUUAGCUCCUCUCUCUCUUUCACCCUCUCUCUCUCCGUCACUCUGUCUCUCUUUCUAUCUCUAUCAGUCUGUCUUUAUCUGUUUUAGUGUCUCUGGGUUAGUGUUACUCUGUCUCUCACGGUCUUUUCUCUCUCUAUCCGUCUGUCUCUCUCGCUCUAUCUGUCUCUUUCAGCCUUUCUCUUACUCUCUCUGGCACUUUCUCUCUGUUUCUUUCAAUGUCUCCUCUCUUUUUCACCCUCUCUCUGUCUCUUUGUGUCUCGCAUUCUCCUCUCUCUCUCGCUCUCGCUUUUAUAAUCCUCAGAUCAGUGAGAGUCCAGGCAUCAUGAAAUAUACAUCUUCCUCCAGGGCCCCAGACACCCUAAAACUCAUCGUCUGCACCACAACAGCGUCAUGGCCUUUCACUCCGUGUGUGUGUGAACUUCUCUCCAAGGUCACUUUCCAUUAUGCAUGCUCUCUGGACAGUAGGAUGUGCUUUUGAGUUGGAAUCCACAUCCAGGUGCAUCAUCUCCAUUUCAGUGUCUAAUACCAUGAACACCAUGAAUCAUUUUCAAACACGUUUUUUUAAAAAAAAAAAAGAACCCCGGUUAAAAUCAUCCAGGCGUUCGUAAUAUUUUACACUGUAUUACACUACACGCGCGCCUCUAAAAGAUCAAUCCGCCUCCUGUCACGUCGAAUUGGAAAAGAACUCUGUGGAGUGGAAGUCUACAGGUCAGUGAGACGGAGAGAGGAAGCAGGAGAUGACGACGGUAAGGGACCGAAGCCCUCGGGUGCGUACGUGUCGCAGAUGUUUAUUCUGAUAAACGUCUUUAAACGCAUCACACGCCCUGAUGCCCGCACACACACACACACGUCUGCGUCUGUCUCUGCUCCGGUUCCUCCGGCUCGCGUGACCACUGAGAGAGAAAAGAAAAGGAGGGAGAGAGUGUUAAGACUCUUCACCCUCCACAGAUAUACACACAUGGAAUAGAAACUUGCUGGCACUUCUCAGAAGAGCUUGAUGUGGUGUGUGAGUCCAGCAGUGUGGGAGGAGAAGAGCGUGUGUGUGGAGGGGGGGGAGAUCUCGAUCCUACGAUUUUGGAGCACCACGGUUCAUCGAGCAAGAAUCCGAGCAGAAUGUUCGCACAACUGCAGAAGGUGAUGUGGAUGUUGGUGCUUUUUCGGCUAUGUGGAGUCCUCAGGCUCACUUUCGGCAAGGAGGUGAAAUCUCAGAAUGGUAGACCUAAGCCCAUGUCACCAUCUGACUUUCUGGACAAGCUGAUGGGAAAGACAUCAGGCUACGACGCUCGCAUCAGGCCCAACUUUAAAGGGCCUCCUGUCAACGUCACCUGCAACAUCUUCAUCAACAGCUUUGGCUCUGUCACAGAGACAACUAUGGACUACCGCUUGAACGUGUUCCUCCGGCAGCAGUGGAACGAUCCUCGCCUGGCGUACAAGGAGUACCCCGACGACUCGCUCGAUCUGGACCCAUCCAUGCUGGACUCCAUCUGGAAACCUGACCUGUUCUUCGCUAACGAGAAAGGCGCCAACUUCCACGAGGUCACCACCGACAACAAGCUGCUGAGGAUCUUUCAGAACGGGAACGUCCUCUACAGCAUCCGGCUGACUCUGAUCCUGUCCUGUCCCAUGGAUCUGAAGAACUUCCCCAUGGACAUCCAGACCUGCACCAUGCAGCUAGAGAGCUUCGGCUACACCAUGAAUGAUCUGAUUUUCCAGUGGCUGGAUAAAGGUCCUGUGCAGGUGGCUGAUGAUUUAACGAUGCCUCAAUUCGUUCUGAAAGAGGAGAAGGACCUGGGAUACUGCACCAAGCACUACAACACCGGUAAGUUCACCUGCAUCGAGGUGAAGUUCCACCUGCAGAGGCAGAUGGGAUAUUAUCUGAUCCAGAUGUACAUUCCCAGCCUGCUGACGGUCAUCCUGUCCUGGGUUUCAUUCUGGAUCAACAUGGACGCCGCACCGGCUCGAGUCGGCCUCGGCAUCACCACCGUCCUCACCAUGACGACGCAGAGCUCCGGCUCCAGGGCCUCGCUGCCCAAGGUGUCCUAUGUGAAGGCGAUAGAUAUCUGGAUGGCGGUGUGUUUGCUGUUCGUCUUCGCCGCGUUGUUGGAGUACGCUGCUGUGAACUUCGUCUCUCGGCAACACAAAGAGCUCUUCAGACUCAGGAGGCGACUGCAGGAAGAGCGGCGUCAAAGAGCCGCUUCAGGUCAGUUUGGUGGAGCUGAGACGAAAAGCAAGAGCAAUGAUGUUACAGGCAGCACAACAUCCUACAAGAACACAAAACACUGCAGUGCUUGUGCACAGGAGUCAGCUCAACACAACGAGGAUUUCUUCUUGUCCAGUUUCGGUUUGGACGUCCACCUGUCGGGAGAUGGUCCCCUCUCCGAGGCAGCGGCCAUAUUCGCCUCUCUUCCUCCAGACCACUCGCUGUUCCAGAUCCGCCGCCGGUUUAUCGACCGCGCCAAACGGAUCGACACCGUCUCGCGCGCGCUCUUCCCCCUCAGCUUUCUCGUCUUCAACGUCUUCUACUGGCUCACAUACAAAGUGCUGCGCAAUGAGGAUCUGCACGCCGUCCUGUGAACAGGCAGCACCGCACCGCCGUCGUGUCUUCACCGGGAGUGUGGAAGAUCUCAUGGAAAUUAACAGGAACAGACUUGUAGGAGCAUCUUGUUCGGGUCCCAUGUCACUUUCUGUAGCUCAUCUUUACCGCAUAACCUUCCUGCCUGAUCACUAACCUUACACACUUACCACACUAUCAGGUGACGAGUCGUUCAUGUCGCUUGUGCUUGCUUGUGGGUGUGGCCUAUUCAGCAGUUUUUUGUUUCAUUUUGUAAACUGGAGAAAUGGAAAUAGCUAUAUAUAUAUAUAUAUAUAGUUAACUAGAUGAACAUGUAUGAAAUUACACUUGUCAGUGUGAAAUUUUGUUGUUACGUGCUUCAACAGUCAUAGGAUGUUCACUCACCAGAGGCAUCAUCGAACUUUACUUGCUUCCGAGCGUUAUUUUUUUUCUUCCUAUUGUCUCUAAAGUGGCAAAACUCUUUAUACAUGUAAACAGGAGCGAUAAAAGUGUUUCAUAUUUAA